UUUCAGUUCUUAAAUUUUGCCGAUACCGAAAUCAGAAAUUAAUGUACAACUCAUAUGUCUUGUGUAUAUUCCUAGGAAUAUCGUGCUUAACGGUUUUGAUACAAAAUCUAAGAAGUUACCAAUCAUCAGCCAAUCCAUUUUUGUCCUUAUUUCUUUGUGGCUUUCAUCAAUUCUUGAACUUUUGACUAUAGUUGCAAUAAUUGUUUGCUCUGGCUUUCGAGGGAAUGAUUGUACAGCUGCCUUUCUUCUGGCCCUUCACCUCCUUAUCCAAUGAACAGUAGCAUGGCAUCUCUGCAGGAACUGCUAGUCGAAGAAGGAUUCGAGAGGCAGAAAGACAACAUAAAAAGUCAUCAAAAGAAGGUGAAGUUCAGAGAUAGAAGAGCACGAGAUGAGUCCAUUGUUUUGCCUAUUUAUGUUUGCCAUGAUCGUCGAAGAAGCUUCGACGCUCCCAAGCAGAAGAGCGGCAAGGCCUCAUCACGUAAUGGUUCUGUUGCGUCUAUUUCAACAAGAAGAGCAGGCUCUGAUUCAGGGAUAUCGAUGACAGGGACUAUAGAUGAGGGAUUCUUUAGGAGAAAUGAGCCUGCACUUGAUGAAGUAGCUAUUAGAGCAGUUGUUUCUAUACUUAGUGGUUACAUUGGCCAGUAUUUGAGAGAUAAGAAAUUUCGCGAAAGCAUAAGAGCUAAGUGCUACUCCUGUUUUACUAGGAAUAAGGAUUCAGAAAGUGGAGAUUUGGAGAAUAUGCAAUCGGGGAUUGAGGUUGUUGAGAGAUUGGUAGAACAUCAAGGGCCAGAAAAAGAACUCAAUGUGAAGUCAUUGCAGUACUGCAUUAGGCUAUUAGGCAGUACUAUUUCAUCUGUAAAUUCUAAAAGCUCAAAGAAUGGAACAAGUGCAACAUGUAGGAGGCAAAAUUCUCAGCUUGCUGCUUGUGCAGAGCUCUACUUAUCAAUUGUUUACAAGGUAUAUAGAAGUGAUCGAGUAUCAGCAAGACAUCUCCUGCAUGUUUUUUGUGAUUCGCCUCAUAUCGCUCGAACAAAUUUGCUCCCUGAAGUUUGGGAGCACCUGUUUCUUCCUCACCUUCUUCAUAUCAAGAUUUGGUACAAUGAGGAACUUGAAUCUCUUUCAAACUCAAUGUAUCCUGACGAAGAAACAAAAAUGAAAGCUUUGGACAAGGCUUACAAUGACCAAAUGGACAUUGGGACGCAGAAGUUUGCACUUUACUACAAGGAGUGGCUCAAGGAUGGUGCUAAAGCCCCUGCUGUUCCUUCAGUGCAUCUGCCUUCAACAGCGAAUGGUGCGCCUUCAAGGAGACAUUCUGAAUCCUUUAGUUCACAUUCUUCCAACAAAUCAUCUCUUUAUCGAGCUAUUUUUGGCCCCAUUCUGGAGAGGCAUUCAACGUGGGGGAAUGACAAGCACGAAAAUUUAAGCUAUCAUUCAUGUCCAGAAGACCAAGAGAAGUUUUUCAGAAAGGAAGAUAAAAUUGACAUGGAAUCAAGAUCUUUUGGCAGCCAAAGAUCAUCAACCUUAAGUGACAGAAAAGUACACGCUAAACUUUGGCCGGACAACAAAAAAUCAGACUACUUCCGCCUUUUCAAUUGCAGGAGUGACAUGGCACAACAUGGAGUAUGCAAAGACAAUACACUGCCCAAUGCCUCAGUAGAGAAGGAUCGAAAAAGACGAAUAUCUCUGUCAAAUGACCUGAGUACAGCUGUUAGAACGAUUUGCACCUCUGAUAGCCUUGCUGAUUGUGAAACAGCAAUCCGUUUGAUGGCCAAUGCUUGGCUCAAUUCUCAUGGCGAUCCUACGGUUGAAACAGCAAUAUCUAAGGCACAAGUUAUUGAAGCAAUAAUGGAUGUUUUGUCUGCAUCCAGCGAUGAUGAAAUCUUAGAACUUGCAAUCUCACUAUUAGCACAAAUUGUGACGAAACAAGAGUUGAAUGCAAAUAUCAUAAUGAAUUUUGACCCCCAGCUUGAUAUCUUUGCAAGACUGUUGAGGGACAACAGUCUAUUUCUGAAAGCUUCGAUUCUCCUCUAUCUAGUCAAGCCAAAGGCAAAACAGAUGAUAGCAAUGGAAUGGAUUCCACUGGUCCUCCGGAUAUUAGAAUUUGGGGAUCAUUUGCAAACCUUAUUUACCAUCCAUUGCAGUCCUCAAGUGGCGGCAUAUUAUUUCUUAGAUCAACUUCUUAAUUGUUUUGAUGAAGAUAAAAAUAUGGAGAAUGCUAGAUAUGUUGUUGCUGUUGGCGGAUUGAACUUGCUGCUGAGAAGGGUGGAGAUAGGGGACAUAGUUGAAAAGAACAAAGCUGCAUCAAUCAUCUAUUAUUGUAUUCAGGCUGAUGGAAGUUGUCGCCACUAUCUUGCCCAAAAUUUCAACAAUCAAGCCUUCAUUUCCCUCCUUGCCCUCAAAGACAAGAAAACUCAAAAUCGAGCAUUUGCUUUGCUAACAGAGCUCUUCUGCCUUCAUAGGCAUCAUGAAAGAAUUGAAUUGCUAAGUAAACUGAUCAAAGGAUGGGGCAGAAUGAAUGCCUUACACAUUUUGUUGGUCUACCUUCAGAAGGCUCAACCAGAAGAACGUCCUCUGGUUGCAGCAAUAUUGUUACAGCUUGAUAUUUUGGGAGAUCCUAGCGUACUUGGACUUGAAUUGUCAGGAGAUUCUUCUGAGUGUAGUGUUUAUAGAUGUGAAGCUGUAGAGGAAAUUGUAAAAGCAAUGGACUGUCAAGUGCUUAAUGAGCAAGUCCAGGAGCAGUCAGCCAGGACUCUCUUGAUAUUAGCAGGUCACUUUUCAUAUACAGGAGAGCCAGUUGCUGAAAAAUGGCUCUUAAAACAAGCAGGCUUUGAUGAAAACUCAUUGGGCGCAUUCAGCUGCAACAAGGUUGCAUUCAAUGACUUCACAAACCUGGUGAGAGAGGAUGCAGCAGCAGAAAACUGGCGAAGGAGAACAGCAAUGAUUCUGCUUAAAAGUGGCGGAAGGAAUUUACUUGUUGCUCUAUCAGAUUCCAUGGCCAAUGGCAUACCUCGGUUAGCAAGAGCAAGCCUAGUUACUGUUACCUGGAUAAGCAGUUUUCUCCAUUCGUCUGGAGAAAGAAGUCUUCAGACUUUAGCAUGCUCAAUUCUUGCGCCACAGCUAAUAGAAGCUCUGAACUAUGAGAAUAGUAUGGAGGAAAGAAUUCUUGCUUCUUUUUCACUGCUCAAUCUCCUGAAGGGUUCAGAUGGAGUGGAUAGAUUACAGAGAUUGAUGACUAAAGAGUUGGUAAAUGAGCUUGACAAUCUCUCCCAAGUGACAUGGACAGCAAAGGAGCUCAUUUCAGUCAUCACAAGUAGUUCAAAUUCUGGUGCGUAGAUGACAGUUUUCACUGAAAAAUUAGUCCAUUUGACUGAUCAUAGGCAGGCCUUGUACAAUUUUUGUUUCCCCCUCUUUUCCACGGCAAUUAUUUGUUUAUUGAGCGUGUAAUAUAUAAAUAAACUGUAAAUUUUUUUCCUCACUUUUUUUCUUUCGGCCUUAUUUGAAGCCUACUUGAAUGAAAAUCCAUAUAUUCCCUACUCUCAUUUCCAGAUUGAGAAGGAACUCCUGUACAAGACCAUAAUUUAGUAGUGUAAAUUUGCUUAUUAUAUAGGUGAAGGGUGAAAAUUUUGGAAUUCUGGCUA